CAAGUCUCCCACUCCUUCCUUCCUCAGCCGCGCUACUAGACUAGGGUUUAAAACCACGAGCACUGGGUGAGACAGUCUUGGGAAUGGCGGAGAGAUCGAAGCAGUGGCUUCUGAUUGCAACGGGCACCCUCCUUGGCUCCUUCUGCACCUUAGCGCUUCUUAGAUUUCUUUCUAGAAAGGAGGAGAAGCAGAAUGGUCGAUCUUCUUCCCAAUUUAACCCACAAAAUGGCAUGAUCGAUAAUAAAAAAAAGCUUGCAGGAUGCAGAACUAGUUGUCAGGAUAGUUUAAAGAAUUUGCAUGGAUUGGAUUUAGAAGAUGAGGUAGUAUCUGAACAAUUGACAAGGAACAUCCAAUUCUUUGGUUUUGAGUUUCAAAGAAAAGUAUCGGAUGCCUAUGUUGUUGUUGUUGGUCUUGGUGGAGUUGGUAGUCAUGCUGCUUCCAUGCUUUUACGAUCUGGUAUUGGCAGGCUCCUUCUUGUGGAUUUUGACCAGGUGUCACUUUCAUCACUAAAUCGUCAUGCUGUGGCCAACAGAGACGAUGUUGGAACCCCUAAGGCCCUUUGUCUGCAGAAGCAUUUUGCAAGCAUAUUCCCCGAGAGUAAUGUGGAAGUAAAAGUUCAGAUGUAUGAUACAUCAUCUGAGGAAGAAAUUCUAUCAGGCUACCCAGACUUUGUUCUUGAUUGCAUUGACAAUAUUGACACCAAGGUUGCUCUCCUUGCUGCUUGUGUGCGUAGAGGUUUGAAGGUUCUCUCAGCAAUGGGUGCGGGUGCUAGAGCUGAUCCAACGCGAAUUCGUGUUGCUGACUUGAGAGAAUCAAUCAAUGACCCACUGUCUCGAGCGGUCAGAUACCGUUUGAGAAAAGACCAUGGGAUUGAUGGUGGAAUACCUGUGGUAUUUUCUUUGGAGAAACCAAAGAUGAAGUUGCUUCCUUUUAAAAGUUUAACUGAAGAAGAAGAAAAUCCUUCAGACUAUCAGGUAGUACCAGGUUUCAGAGUUCGUAUUAUACCUGUUCUGGGUACUAUUCCAGCAAUUUUUGGGCAAAUAAUGGCCUCAUAUGUUGUGACUCUGUUAUCGGGAUUGUCUGUUGAAAUGGAACCUGUGGUUAAUUUGGAUUUGGAUCAUUAUGGGAUUCUUCAUAACCGCCUUGUUGAGCAUGAAGAGUCAGUUUAUGGCUCCUCCAUUGAAGUUUUGGUUGAUGUCGAAGAAGUUAUGUAUGUCGUCAAAGAGUUGUGGCAUGGAAGAAGUGCAAGGGAUCAAUCCUUGAUAAAUGUUGGGCGCAAAAUGUGGCGGUCUGUUAAUGAGUUAAUGCUCGUAAGGUGGGACAAAUCAAAACCUGCUACAGUUACAAACUUGAUACUCCUGAAGCUUAAUGAGGUGAACGCACAUGAAUCAAGUACAAUAGACCUCAUAAAGGAGAAAGAGCCUGAAUUUUAUUCCUUGGUGACUUGCGUGCUGAAUCGAGCAAAGAUAGACUUCGGUCUAUAACUUGCAACUACAGAAUCAUUUUUUGACAAAUAUGAUCAUUCUUGCUGUUCUUGUAGAGGCACAAACUUGAUAUUUGCAAAAGCUAGUGAUCCGUGUGCAACUUACUGCAUAUCAACCCAAAUGGUCAACAAAUUAAAGUGUCUAGGGAGGAUAUUACCAGAAUUGGUACAUCCUACAAAGGUCAGGCACACCUGUGAUGCAACCUCGACGGCAACAAAUGUAUCUUAAAUUCUCUCAGAUUAUAGAUCCACCCGUUGCUACUUGGGAUCCUUGUGGACUAAUUGACUGUCUAUUGGUGUUAUGAGCUGAAUUUAAGUUUCACCUAAAUUAAACUUAAGUGUAACAUAUUUAACUGGGAUUUUGUUGUUCUAGGUUGAACUCAAAUUGAGGCUGAAUUGGUGUAAAAUUUCCAUCAUUGCUCUCAGUUACCAAUACGUGCUUCCUUUGUAAUGCGCAAUAAUUGAGGAACAA